AUGGCAGGACUCGACGCGUCCACGGCUGCCACGAUCGCGGCACUCGUGGUCGCGAUCCUUGCCAUGCUGGUGGCCAUCACACAAGCAAUACAGCAGUACUUUCUCACCGGACAGCUUAUCCGGUUAUGCGACUCGGUCGUAUAUGGCAAAAUGCCGGGUCAUGGACAAAGAGUCUGGCAAAUGAGCCAGCUCAGAUUCCGCGUUGUGUAUUAUAUUCCUCAAAUUAGUCUCCGGAAGGAACUGUGGCCAGGAAAACUGCCGCAUAUUCCAUCCUACGCGAAAGGGUCUCAGAAUUUACCAGACCUUGGCCUCCUUGGGCUCGAUGGCGAAGAAGAUGAUAGAUACCACAAAUGUCCCAGUUUCUGGCGGGCUGGCCGGUCAUCUGUUUCCUUUGCGGCUGGGGAAGCGUCAUGGGUCUCAUUCUGUCGAGCCGUUCAACCAUCAACUGGGAGAUCAAUGGUGCUCGAUUUGAUCAAAGCAGAUGCCGACCGUUGUCCUCCGGAUCUCCCAAAUGUGCCAAUACAAAUGUCGAUGCGUGACAUUGUAGUCAUGGGGCUCAUGACUGGCAUGAAAUGCACCCAGGCAUCAUUUGAGUCAAAAACAAUCUCGAUGCAAGGACUCGUCGGCACAAUUACCACAUCUCAACACCCUCUCCUGGGACCACUUCUACACUUCAGUCCACGAAAUCUGUCUGUAGACGAGAUUAGGGAUUUGCAGCUUGAAAACGGCACAGUCAACCCUCCUUGGAUGGCACGAAUUUGGGACGAGGUAGUGGUUGCCGGACAUCGUUACACUCGGCAAGACAGGAUGCAGAUAGAGAGAGAUGAGGCGAUCUGGGCAAAACCCCUUCGAGAACGCGCAAUGGUACCCGUCAAUCGCAAUCGUUCACCACCACCCGCUUCGUUGUACGGGUUUCGUCGCCGGUCGAGCUUAGCUUCUACGACUGCCGGAUCAAGUCAGGCAACAAGCCAUGACAUGGCUCCGCAUAAGAGUACUCCAGCGACUCCAGUGGCAUCAUCAUUAUGUCAAGAAUAUCACACACUUUGGACUCGGUCUGAUGGAGAGUGGUAUAUUGACAACAAUGUUUCAAAUACCAAUCAAGCGCAAAACGCGAGGUCACGGCAUUUGGGAAGAAGGAGAAAAGAGAAACAUGAAAUUCUCAAAGAUAUCUCGGGAACGAAGCGGGCAAUAUGGGUCCGACUAUGGACAGCGAUGCUGCAAAGGAAGACAAAAUCAGAUUCAAUUACUCCAUCGGAGAAUGUUGAAACCGAAGUUGAGGCAGGAAACCUCAGCCCAGAAGCCCUGGAAGGUCCUCAUGCCCAUCAAGGCCGGUUUCGCGCACCAAACCGAGAUUUCCCACACGGUCAAUUUCUUUCGAAUUCCCAUACUCAUGACAAAGGUGCCGCUCUCCAACCACGGUGGUUCAUCAAAGAUUACAUCGACCAGAAGCGAGCAAUGAUGCAUGAAAAAGACAUCCCUAAAGAUGAGCCCCGGCAUGGACCGCGCUUGAUAGGUUGGUACGAUGACGAAGGCCAGGAAGUCGCCGAGCUCAACGAGGCCAAGGAAAAUCUAGCCAAGAUGGUUCUAAAAACGUGGGCUCGCUCCAGAACCGAAUCUGGACAGCAAAGAGCCGCGUUCUAUGCACAGAAGUGGCGUGAUAUUGUCCGACAGAGACAACUGGAUCGUGAAAGCCGUAAGCAAAAUCGGACUCUCUCGUACAGCAGAUCUUUCAGAAGUCUUUCGCCUGGCAAUCCGUACAGAAGCUCUGAUUUGAUUAGAUCCCGCAGAACCAUUGACAGCGGAGCUCAGUGGGCACCAACACCUACUAGCGUCGCUCGCUACUCAAGCCUCAGUGGGUACUAUUCGCCAAGAGGGCACCAUAGUCGGAAACCGAUAACCUCUGCCAUUUAUGACGCAAAGAUUCAUUCACGAGAUAACUCAUCCGAGUCGAGACAGGCGGGUCGCACCGGGGAGCCCCAGACUCGGUCAAGCUCUCAUGUUCGUUCUCGACCUCCUGCUAGGCGAGAUGUUGAGUAUGGUGAUACCGUUGUAUCAGGCAACUCCGGGAUUAGAACGUAUUCUAUGUUGGAAGUCAGCGAAAGCCCAACAUCACAGAAUUCAGCUCAGAAUCCAUCAUAUACUCGAGUUGGAUUUGGCCCUGAAAUUCAUCUCAAUGAUUCGUCCUCCGGCAGUAAUGGAAAUGCCAGUGAGACUGAGAGGCUGUCAUCGUCGGGCGAGCCCAGGAUUUCCUCCAGAAAGGAGCCAUCAAUCAAUCAACCUGACCCUAUUGAACCCACUAAGGGAAUUCUUAAGCCUCCCAAAGAGAAGUUCCCGGAAGAACCGAACCCAGUUCGCGAAGGCGUUGCUCCUCUCAGAAACACCAGUCUCAAGGGAAUUCCAUCAGGAGCACGAUGGACUAAGAUUGACCGGAGGCUGGUUAGCCCGGCCGCUUUGGAGACUAGAAAUGAAAGAUUCGAAGAGGGAACAGAUUAUGUCGUUGUUCUCCGAGUUUUGCAAAAGGAAGAGAUACAAGAAUAUGCUUCCACGACACAAGAAAUUCGAGGUCAGUUCAUGCCACGCAAUUCAUGGUUCACGCAGCUCAUUACGAUCAAUAGAAGCUAG